AUGGGACGCUCUCGGCACUCUACCAGUGGACGUACUGCUGAGAAAGCUGUUGCGUCGCAACACAUAAAAAUAGAUUCUGCAGCAGUUCAAGGUCCAUCCAGAUAUGCGCCUUUAACUGUAGAAACAAGUGACGAUAUGGCCAAUCAAUCCCAGCUUCGCGCCUUUUUGAUGCCGCCACCUCUUGCUGGCACUGCUAACUGGGGUAUUCCACCGCCUGCGGGGAGAUCUUGCGACAUCGAGCUGGAGGCAAAGCUUCGUCGAUUCACCGAACUCAAAGCACAAGACGUACACUUCAACCAGUCCUUGAUGUCAAACAAGUCCUUCCGGAAUCCUCAUUUAUACGCCAAACUCGUCGAGUUCGUUGAAGUCGAUGAAGGGGCGACUAAUUUCCCUCGGGAACAAUGGGAUCCCCAUGUUUUUCAGAAGAAUUGGCUCGCGGAAUCCAUUGUAUGA